AGUCAUAUAGUUGGCAUGAAACCACCUCCAUGUUUACUAUUCCCUUUUAUCAGACCUUCACUCCAGCUGCAGCUAGCAGUAGUCCACAUCCAGCAUGGUGCAGAGGGUGUUAGUAAUCGGUGCAGGAGUCUCUGGUCUGACCAGCAUCAAGGCCUGUUUGGAUGAAGGGCUGGAGCCUACCUGCUUUGAGAGCAGCCAUGACUUAGGAGGUCUUUGGAGGUUUAAGGAGAAGCCAGAGCCUGGACGAGCUAACAUCUACUAUACAGUGGUCAUCAACAGCUCUAAAGAGAUGACCGCUUUCAGUGACUUCCCCCCUCCAGCUGAGCUGGCAAACAACAUGCACCAUUCUGAGGUGCUGCUGUAUCUGCGGCUCUAUGCUGAGGCCUUUAAUCUUCUGCGGCACAUCCAAUUUCAGAUGACGGUGCUCAGUGUGAGGCAGAGAGCAGAUUUUGCUGUAACAGGCCAGUGGGAGGUGGAGACAGAGAGUGGACAGGGUCAGAGGGAGACUCAUGUUUUUGAUGCAGUCAUGGUUUGUACUGGACAUUACACCCACCCACACCUGCCUCUCAAAGACUUCCCAGGUAUUGAGAGCUUUGCAGGCAGAUAUUUCCAUAGCUGGGAUUACCGCAGUGCUGAGGGUCUGCAGGGGAAACGAGUUGUGGUGAUUGGGAUUGGAAACUCUGGAGGUGAUAUUGCUGUUGAUAUCAGCAGAGUUGCUGAAAAGGUGUACCUCAGCACGAGGAGCGGAGCGUGGGUGGUCGGCCGUGUAGGACGUGGGGGGAUCCCAGGUGAUCUUUUCUUGACUUCUCGCAUGGAUAUGUUCAUGUUCAAGCUCUUCCCCUCGAAGAUCAACAAAAUGUUGGAGAAGGGCCUGAAUGGUGCAUUUUGCCACAGACUCUACGGCCUGAAACCAAAACAUGGUUUCUUCGCAAAAAUCCCGGUGGUGAAUGACGACCUGUCUGCACGGAUAAUCUCAGGUCGGGUUCAAGUGAAAUCAAAUGUGAAGGAGUUCCGCGGGUCCAGUGUGGUCUUUGCGGAUGGGAGUAUCCUAGACAAGGUGGAUGUGGUGGUGUUUGCCACAGGCUACAACUACAGCUUCCCCUUCCUGCCUCCAGAUCUGCAGGCUAAAUAUGGUUAUAGGAUGCGUCUCUACAAACACGUGUUCCAUCCCUCACUGACCCAGCCCACGCUGGCUGUGGUGGGCUUUGUGCAUGGCCUCGGGGCCAUCAGUCGCCUGGCUGAGAUUCAAGCUCGCUGGGCUACAAGAGUGUUUAAAGACUUGAUUACCCUGCCCUCAGAAGAGAACAUGAUGAAGGAAAUAAAGAACGACACAGACAUCAUGCAUGAGAGAUUUGAGUGCUCAGAGUAUAAUCCCCUCCAGGUGGACGUCGUCCCUUACAUGGACUCUCUGGCAGAGCUGCUGGGGGUUCGACCAAACAUUCUGUGGCUCUUCCUGACGGACCCCAGACUGGCCCUAGAGGUUUUUAUGGGUCCUCUUACAGCUUAUCAGUACCGUUUGAGUGGACCGGGCCAGUGGGCGGGAGCCCGCCAGGCUAUCCUCACUCAGUGGGAGAGGGUGCUUCAGCCUUUCAGGACCAGAGUGGUACCAGAGCCAGAAUCUAGACCCUCACGUGGUUUGAGUAUCAUGGCUCUCUCAGGUGCAGCCCUGCUGUGCUGCUUCUUCAUUAACAAACACAGCCAUUCCUCCUUCUUUUCCCUCAAAUUCCCUCCCAAAUUUUAAUUGUCUUUAGCCAAUGAACCUGUAUGUUAACGUUUUUAAAUCCUAUUUAGAUCCUACCCUCUAACGUGGUGAGUGCUUGCUCAGUCUAGGAAGCAAGUCUUUUAAUUCUAAAGAAUCUGAAUCCCUCUGGUUAUAAGUCUUCUGCUCUUUGGAUCCUGGGGUGUAACUUUUACACCUAGGAAGGAGCAGGCUUAAUUCAGAAAGUCAGACCAUCUUUUUUUAAGAUAAUAAAAACUAUUAAAAAGCAA